AGCAGCGGCCUCCAGCCGCCCGGAACCACACUACCCAUGAUGCUUUGCAGCAAGCGGCGGCCUCCGCCAGCGGCCGCGAUCAGCCGGAGGAGCUGAUGUUCAUACUGCUGGUGGUCGGCCUCUUCAGCUUCUUCACCUUCGGCAUCAUGCUGAGCUACAUCCGCUCCAGGAAGCUGGAGAGCUCCCAGGACCCGUACCACCAGUACAUCGCCCACGACUGGAGUACCGUGGCGGGGCCGCCCAGGGCCGUGGCCGAGGCGCUGCAGCGGGGGGCCCAGGGCCCGGUGGUCCUCUGCAACCCUGUGGCCGUGCAGCCGCUGCCGGAGUAAACCGGCGACGAUUCUCCAGGCCUGGAGGAUCA